AUGGCAGAACCCAGAAACGAAAAGCCCGGCAACGCCGUGGCCCGCAGCCUGCUGCGAAGAAAACACAAAUUCUCUAAAGACAAGAAACUAAACUCGAAAUUGGAGCGAAUAAAUAGGGAACAAAAAGAGGCUAAGCUUGCUGCUGCAGGGACCAGCUACCUUUUGCCUGAAGAGGCUGGGUUCUUGGAGGCCGAUGGUCCCAUGGAAAAAACCUUCAAAUUCAAACAAGAUGAAAUUGUGAAGGCUGUGGAUGCAAGUACUGCUCGGAAAAAAUUUGAAUUGAAAUUACCUGAGUUUGGACCGUACCAGUUUGACUACUCUAGGAAUGGAAGGGACUUGUUACUCGGGGGUAAGAAGGGUCAUGUUGCUUCAAUGGAUUGGAGAACUGGCCAUUUGAACUGUGAGUUGCAUCUUAAUGAAACAGUACAUGCGGUGAAAUACUUGCAAAAUGAACAAUACUUUGCUGUUGCACAGAAAAAGUAUACCUUUAUAUAUGACAAGGAAGGAACAGAGCUCCAUAGGUUGAAACAGCAUAUCGAGUCCACAUUGCUUGAUUUUUUACCGUACCAUUUUUUGCUUGUUGGGGCAGGACAUACGGGUUUUUUGAAAUACCACGAUGUUUCCACUGGUGAGUUGGUUAGCGAAUUGAGAACUAAAAUGGGGCCCACCUUGGCGAUGAAGCAAAACCCUUGGAAUGCAAUAAUGCACUUGGGCCAUGGAAAUGGCCAAGUGAGUUUAUGGUCACCCAAUGCACCCGAACCAUUGGUGAAGAUGCAAUCAUCGCGUGGUCCGAUUAGAGACUUGGCAAUAGAUAGGGAAGGUAAAUACAUGGUUGUUAGUGGAGCAGAUAAAACCAUGAAAGUUUGGGAUUUGCGUAAAUUUAAAGAGUUGGACCACUAUUACACGCAAACACCAGCAUCUUCGCUCGACAUUUCCGAUACGGGUCUUUUGUCAGUUGGUUGGAGCUCGCAUGUUACCAUAUGGAAAGAUCUUUUCAAAGGCGCACACCAGCUGGACCCAUAUAUGAACCAUUUAAUCCCGGGUUCAAAAGUAGACAAAGUAAAGUUUGCUCCAUUUGAGGAUAUACUUGGUGUUGGCCAUCAAACUGGGUUCAACUCGCUUAUUGUGCCUGGUGCUGGUGAAGCCAACUUCGAUGCCUUGGAGAUCAAUCCAUACGAAUCUGCUAAACAGAGGCAAGAACAAGAGGUUAGAUCCUUGCUCAACAAGUUACCAGCUGAUUCCAUAUCCAUUGAUCCAAACAUGAUUGGAACUGUUGAUAAGCGGGCAAAAUCCAUCCGCUUGAAACCGGGCGAGAUUUCUGAUUUAAGCGCUAGUGGUGAUGCCAAUAGUGCAAACAAGAUGGAGGUCAAGCCUGAUGUCAAGGGCAAAAAUUCAGCAUUGAGGCGACAUUUGAGAAGAAAGAGGGAGAAUGUUAUUGAUCAAAGGAAAUUGAGGAUCGAGAAGAAUUUGAGAAACGAAAAAGAGGCAAGAGCCAGGCGCUUGAGAAUGGAAAGAGAUGCUGAUGAUAAUGAAGAUGUGUUGAAACCUGUACUUGCAAGAUUUAACUAG